AAUAAAAAUAAAUAUUAUUUGACAAAUGUUGACAAAUAUGUCAAAUUAUUAGCUGAAUAUAAUUUCUUUAAUUGAUUACUUUUUGUAAAUUAAAAAAGAAUCAGCUAACCUGAACAAGUAUAAUCUACAUGAUUGAUAAAUAAUUUUUCCAUCACAAUAAACAAAAAAUUUGUCAAUAAAAAUCAAUCGAAAUGAUGCAAAUUAAACCAAAUCCAAUGCAGCUCGACAUUUCGUCGUUUGGAAAUUUCGAAAAAAAAGGUGCAAUGCAAAAAGAAAAAGCCCUGAUAUCAAGAAAUGAUGUCUGGCAUAAAAUAGUAAUAAUAAAUGGUACAAAAUAUGACAAAGAAUAUUUACUAAAAACAAUAUUAAAUGCAGUACAUCCAGCAGACAUGAUACCAGUACGUUAUCAAACAACAGGUUGUGACACAUUUUUCAUAGCAAGAAAUUGUAGUGCAGCAAUUGAAAAGCUAUGUGAAAAUAAAUUACUAAUUAAAGUAAUAAAUAAAGAACCAAUAAUAUUAAAUAUAACACUUGCAUAUGCAUCAGUUGCUGAUUUAAAAAUCAGCAUAAAGCCAUUAAUAUUAUCAUCAUUAAUAAAAAGAUAUGAUAAACAAAAAUGUUUAAUUAAUUUAGAAAAUUUUCAUCGUGAUGAUGAAUUGCUUAAAAAUGUUUAUUGUCCAAUAUCACAAGUACGUACAUUUAAUCAUGUAUUAAAACUCAUUGAGACAUCAACAACACCAUCAUUUGUCUCAUUGACAAUGUUAAAUUUAAAAAAUAAUAAUUUAACAACAUUAGCUGCAUUUGAAAAUGCAAAUUUAAAUACACUUAAUUAUUUAGAUAUUAGAAAUAAUUUACUUAUUGAUAUUAAUACACUUGGUCCAUUAGUUAGAAUGCCAAUUAAAAUUUUAUACCUUGAUGGCAAUCCACUGUGUGAAAAUUAUUCAAAUGCUCAAUUAUAUAUCAAUUCAGUUAAAAAAUAUUGUGGAAAAUUAAAAAAACUUGAUGGUAUUACUAUUGAGGAUAUAGAUUUACCAAAUAUUUAUGAAUCAUAUUUACCUGAUAGAAAUAUUGAGUGUCUUGUUAAAUUAUUUACAAGUCAUUUUUUCACACUUCAUGAUCAGAAUGAUAAAUCCAUCAUGUAUGGCUUGUAUCAUGAUGAUGCGCUGUAUUCAGUUACAGCUAAAUCAUGUGAAAAAAAUGAUGUUAAUGAUGUCAAAUCGUACUUUAAUAUAAAUAGAAAUUUAAUUCAAGAUAAUAGUUUUAAUAUGAAUGACAAAUUAAUAUAUCAUGGACCUGAUGAGAUUAUUAAAAUACUGGGUCAACAAAAUUUUUGUAUUCAUGAUAAAAAUUCAUUUAGCUAUGAUUUAAUUUUCAUGAAUAAAGACAAAAUAAUAUUCACAGUUUAUGGAUUGCUAGUAACAAGUCCAAAUUCAAGAAGCUUUAAUUUUAAUCGUACAUUUGUUUUGUUGAAAAUUUAUAAUGAAUAUAAAAUUUUAAAUGAUAUGUAUCAUAUUGGUGAUUAUUUGCCAAAUGUAAUGGCAAAUUUAAAUAAUUAUAAUAUUGAUUAUACAUACAAACCACAGUGGCUAAGUCGAAAUGAAAAGAAUAUAUUAAUUAAAAAAUUUAUGAAGUUGUCAACGUUGAAUGAAGUGUCAUCAAUGAAAUUGCUUGAAGCUAAUAAUUGGAAUAUUAAAAAAGCUGUUAUACAAUUUGUUAAAAAAUAUAAAUCAUCUGGGAUUCCAGCUGAGGCAUUUAUGUAAAUUAAAUAUUCAUUUAAAUAUUUAUUUAUCAUAUUAAAAAAUAAAUAAAACAAAGUUCAUAUUAAAAUACAAUAAUAACUGACUGAAUUUUUUUUUCGUUUUUAAUUUUAAAAAUUAAAAUGUUAAUACAUAAUGUAAAAAAUAAAUUAAAUUCGAUUAUUUUUGCUUCGUUUAUAUCUUAACUAAAUAAUUAAUCUAUUUAAGUAAAUUUAUGGAAAAUAAUUUUUGUUAUUAUGAA